CGCACCAUCUACCUUGCCUGGAGUUGUUCCCACGUCUCGCCGCUCAAAGAUCUUCUGAACUCCUCUCUCCACGUCUGCCCGCCUGCCUCACGCCCUGAACUCCUCACCCGGUCCAACUUCUCCCAGUUCGCCUCCGCUCUAGUCCUGGCUCCUGACCGUCCAUGCGUCACCAUCCAUCCACUAUGCUGCCGUGGUCUCGGUUUAGGAGGCAGGAAUGUAAAUCCAGAGGGAUUAGGGAGGACGCAGCGGGCUGUGCGCCCCCCAGCAGCUCGCCUCGAUCGAUGCGUAAAGAGAGGACACCUCCCAGGCUCCGCGUGCGUCUCCGCUCACUGGGAUUUGGGAUUAUUUGGGAAAGCGCGACGCACGCGGCUCGCUGACAGAUGAAGAUAGUCUGAUGUGAAGGAGAGCCAGGGGGACUGGAGCUUCCGUCCCGGAGCGCAAAGAGGGACAUGGGUCAGCUCAAUGCUGCGACUCUUUUACCUUUCGGAGCGUUUUGGGUUGUUUUCCUUUGGGAAUCCGGUGCCAGUUCCAUCAGGACGACGGCCUCAGUGGACACAUCCAGGAUGGAGUGUCCGGAUAAUAAAAUCCUGACUGUGGAGUAUUCCUGCGUCAGAGCAGGGGGGGUGAACAGCACCUGUUUCAGGAGGAAGUGCUGUGAGGGGUUCAGGUUUGUGAUGGGCCAGUGCAUACCUGAAAGUGUGGACGUUUGUGCCGCGUCUCCCUGUGAGCAGCAGUGCACCGAUAACUUUGGACGGGUCGUCUGCACGUGUUACCCUGGUUACCGCUUCGACCGGGACAGACACCAAAACCACAAAUCUCCCUACUGCUUGGAUAUAGAUGAGUGUGAGGACUCCGGCAGAGGUGUGUGUGACCAUGAGUGUGUGAACACCAUGGGCAGCUUCCAGUGCCGCUGUCACACUGGGUACUUCCUGGCAGCAGACCAGCGGUCCUGCAUCCUUGUGCACAACCUGAGUUCUUCGGGGAAGUCGGACACCCUGAUGAGCUCCGGUACCUGCUCAUUCACCUGUCAGGAUUUCAUUAGCAUGAAAACCAACCUGCUUCAGCUCAAGCUGAGGCUGGGAAACACGCAGUCGCCCAACCAGGUUUCCGGUUUGGCGAACAGCAGCGACAAACCGUCUCUGGGACGGGGAGGAAAGAUCCCCGAUGGCUCUUGUCUCCCUGGUCUACCCGGCCCUCCAGGAGUUCCAGGGGUUCCAGGACACCCAGGAGAGCCAGGAACCCCAGGAGAACAGGGGGAGGGGGGUCCUCCUGGUCCAAGGGGUCCACGAGGAGAUAUGGGGCCCACGGGUCCAGAACCAGACCUGACUCAUAUAAAGAGGGGUCGCAGGGGGCCAGUGGGACCACCAGGGGCGCCAGGGAGAGACGGACUAAAGGUCCUCGUUCCAGGGCCUCAAGACACCAGAUCUGUUGUGUUGCUCUCUCAGGUGAGUUGUGUGACUGACUGUUUUAGAUGAGCACACAGAUAAAACAGGCUGAGAUCAUCCAGAUGUUUCCUAGAGCGCGAGGAAUUUUCUCACUGAACCACUGUGGCCCCAUGCUUUCUACAUGUGUGUUUUAUAAACUCAACUCAGUAUUCUCCACGUACUUCUUUUAUUCUCUCUUAGACCAACGAUCAGGUCACUAUAUCAAACAAAGGCCAGUCACCAUUUACUGUCAUUUAAAGUUGUAAGCUCGGCGUUUAAAAUACCCUAAAACUCAGCCGCGUCGACACGCCUCUUCUUUCCACUCAGAAAAUAUUCCAUCCUUAUUCACACUUUUACCAUGACACCAAGGAAGUGUGCUGUUGGACUGAAGCCAAGGUUUCCAGAAAAAUUCCCUCGGACGUGCUCCGCGCUGAGUAAUGAGCUCCACACACGGGAGGCAACAUCGCCUCUCCGCCAUUCAUUUUCAAUGAGACAUCACAAAAGGAAGUGAUUUUACAUAUUUAACUUUAAACCACCAAGUUCAGGACCCAUCCAUAAAUUUAAACAUAAAACAGAUAAUUACUCACCGUUGGGAGGAAUAAUUUCAAUAUUCUUCAUAAUUGAUCGAUAGAUAAAGAAUAGAUUUAGAAGAAAUGGCUCAACGCCGUUCACGGAAAGCAAAAUCUCAUUAUUUAGAAACUGGGUUCAUUAGCUAACUCACUACAACUUUUAUUUAUCAUCACUGUCUUCCGUUUGUUUUAAGUAACUGGAACAAAAAUCUGCAGAUUAACAUCUUUUUAUUUCUUUUUUUUUUACCAUUGAUUUGAUUUCUGGACACUCUUGAUGUCUCAUGAUCCACAGUGAGGUCAUGACCCCAACUUUAAGCCCCUCCAGUGUAAAGCUCAGGAUUAUUCUUGUUUAUAAUUUUCCAUGAGGCCACAAAGUGAUUAUUAGCCUGAUUAAAGAAGUCAGACUUUUACUUUGAAAUGGUUGGUAUUUUUAUGAUCCGAACGAGUCCAGCAGCAGCUGUUGUUGGUAGAAAAGUGAAAAUCAUCAUGUUCAUGUUGAGAUCAGAACAAGAAACCAUCUUGUCUUCCUUCAUAAUCAAGACUUUGGUUCCUCUGCCUUUUGUGAAGGACUCAGCUUGUUUUCACUCGUCAGCUGUUUCUGCCCUCUCAUCUGUAAACACGACUGAUCUAGUGUCAGCCGGUGUGUGUUUCACAGAUGAUCGUUUAUGCUUCACAAUAAAAGUUGUUUGAACUUUUGACACAACAAAUGAAACUGCCUGGGAAAAAAAACGUCGUAACUGUUUUCAAAGCCGGAAACAAGGAUUCUAUGUGUAAUUACCGGCGAUAUCCAUCUUAUCUAUACUAUCAUAAGUGAUCAAGAAAGUUGUAACAGAGAAACUAGCCAACCACUUGGAAGUUAACUAGCUUCUUCAUCCGUUCCAGUUUGGAUUUCGAUCAGCUUGUUUAACCGAAAUUGCAACCUGCUGUUUCCUGGAAGAUGGUGGUGGGCACAGUUUUCCUAGACCGUAAAAAAGCCUUUGAGGGUGAAAAUCACAGCUUGCUUUUAGCAACAUCUCCUUUUAGAUGGUAGAUUGUUUUGUUUCAUACCUUAGGGAUAGGGAACAGUGAGUGAAAGUAUAUCCGGAGUUAUUGUCAUUCUUAACUCUUCAGUGGGGCAUCCCCCAAGGUUCCAUAUUAGAACCCUUGUUGUUUUCCCUUUUUAUAAAUGACUCACCUUUCGUUUACCCGGAGGUCAGGAGCCAACUCUGCUACUACUACUACUAUUACUGCUGCUGCUACUACUAUUAUUACUGCUGCUACUACUACUACUACUGCUACUACUACUACUACUACUACUACUACUACUACUAUUAUUACUGCUGCUGCUACUACUACUAUUACUGCUGCUGCUACUACUAUUAUUACUGCUGCUACUACUACUACUACUGCUACUACUACUACUACUUUUUUUUACUGCUGCUGCUACUACUACUGCUACUA